ACCCUGUGCUCCUCGCACCCAGUGCCAGCUCCGUAUACACAGCGCCCCGGACAGUCUCCGCCGGAGGAGGGAUCAGUGAGUAGAGCUCAGCUCUCCGCCAGGGGCCCCGCCACACUUCUAGAACUUCUCCCGGACAGCCUGAGCCGUGUGUCCGAGCCGGAGCCUAGAGGAAGCGGGCUGAGUGUCUCCCAGGAGUAGAGUGUCCCGGUAUCUUGCAGCCUUUGUCCCGGUACUCCUCCGCCAUGCUCCGGACGUCUCUCCCCCCUCUGCUGCUGCUUUGUAGUGUAGCGCUGUGCAGCCUCUCCGCCGCCGGGGCCAGCAAAAGUUGUUCGGAGGUCCGGAAAGUUUACGUGUCCAAAGGCUUCAAUCAGAACGAUGCCCCGGUCUAUGAGAUCAACGGUGACCACCUAAAAGUCUGCUCACAGGGGCACACAUGCUGCUCCCAGGCCAUGGAGGAGAAGUACAAUCAGCAAAGUAAACAUGACUUCAAGGCCGCUGUCACUGAACCAUGCAGUAGUAUGCAGAAUAUUUUUGCUUCCAGAUACAACAAAUUUGAUGAAUUCUUCAAAGAACUUCUGAAAAAUGCAGAGUCCUCAUUGAAUGACAUGUUUGUGCGGACGUAUGGACGAUUGUACAUGCAAAAUUCUGAACUUUUUAAGGAUUUCUUUGUGGAACUGCGGAAGUAUUAUGUUGGCGGGAACGUAAAUUUGGAGGAAAUGUUAAAUGACUUUUGGGCUCGGUUACUGGAGCGCAUGUUCAGACUGGUGAACCCACAAUAUCAAUUCACAGACGAGUAUUUGGAGUGUGUCAGCAAGUACACUGAUCAGCUGAAGCCGUUUGGAGAUGUGCCACGUAAGCUCAAGCUCCAAGUCACACGUGCCUUUGUGGCCGCUCGCACCUUUGCACAAGGUCUGGCUGUGGCCAGGGAUGUUAUAAACAAGGUUUCUACGGUGAACCCUACACCUCACUGUGUACGGGCCAUGAUGAAGAUGACCUACUGUCCUUUCUGUAGAGGACUGGUAACUGUAAAGCCUUGCAACAACUACUGUUUGAAUGUGAUGAGAGGAUGUCUGGCCAAUCCAGGAGAUCUGGAUACUGAAUGGAAUACUUUUAUAGAUGCUAUGCUAUUGUUGGCUGAAAGAUUGGAGGGUCCAUUUAACAUUGAGACAGUCAUGGACCCAAUUGAUGUGAAGAUUUCAGAUGCCAUCAUGAACAUGCAGGAAAACAGCAUGCAAGUGUCCCAGAAGGUGUUUCAAGGAUGUGGACAGCCAAAGCUCCUUCCUCCAGCAAGAACUUCUCGGUCGGUAUCGGGGGCAAAUUUCAAUGACAGGUUUAGAGCCUACAGUCCUGACGAACGUCCAACAACUGCUGCUGGAACAAGUUUGGAUAGACUGGUAUCUGAUGUAAAAGAGAAGUUGAGGUCUGCCAAGAAAUUCUGGUCUUCUUUACCCAUUAGUAUUUGUAAAAACAACUGGACAUCGGGUGUUAAUGAAGAUGACUGUUGGAAUGGAAGUGACAAAAGCAGGUAUUUGUAUGCUGUCAUGAGCAAUGGUCUGGCAAACCAGAUAAACAAUCCAGACGUGCAGGUGGAUGUCACAAAACCAGACAUGGUCAUUCGCCGGCAGAUCAUGGAUUUGCGUGUGAUGACAAACAAAAUGAAGAGUGCAUACAAUGGCAAUGAUGUGAAUUUCAUUGAUGAUAUAACAGGUGAGAACAGUGGUGAUGGUGAUGGUGGUAGUGGAAGUGGGGACUGUGAAACCUCAUCGUGUGAAUUUGCUGUGCAGCCAACACAGGGAUCAAAGACUGGCAAUGUGCAGCCAAAGGGCAGGAUCAAUCUAACAGAAAAUGAUGCCAAAAAACUGCCUAGUGCAGCCUGGACCAACACUGCUUCACUCUUCAUCAUCCUUCCAAAUAUCCUGUUUUUGGUGAGACAAUGGAGAUAAUAGAGGAAUUUCAAAACCCUAAUGAAAAACAAAAAAGAGACCUCUCAGUAUGGAAAGUGCACCUUUUAUUAGAACCAUCGAACAAUUUUUAUGUCUUUGUAAGCUGGACAAAGGUGUAUUGUUUUUUUAUUUUUUACCACGUUGCCACAGAGUCAAGUGCUGGAACGGUUAUCCCUCACUUAUUUACCUGGAAAAUGGACCUGUCAAUCUUUCCUGAUACUCUAGGUUUAUUGUGGCAAGUAGACCUGUAUAUACAGAUUUGUAGGUAACCGUGCUUUAUCACAAUUCCAUGUCAAUUGUCCCAGAGACACACACUCAACGCAUUUUUUAUUUUAUUCCCAAACCCCCCCCCCCAACACACACACACCCAUUUUUCCCUUUAAUUUUAUCUGUACAGAAUCAAAUUUUAUUUAUCAUAUCUUUUGGGGAAAAUGACCAAGCAGCCAACAAAAUUAUGAUUUUUAAGUGAAGUGUUUGUUUUAAUGUUUUCACAGAUUAGGAAUAUCUGUGCAGUCUCAUAUUACUGGCAGUGAUGUAUUUGAGAUGUUGACCAGGUGUCAAAAUUUAUGCUCAGGAGAAAAUGAUCUUCACUUUGUAGAUGUGUUUUGUUUUUUUCAGUCAGUUUUAUUAGUCGUGCAGGAAAUGCAUUUUGGUUGCCAUUAGCACAUAUUUGGUCUCUGUAGAGCUUUCUAUCAGUUUUCUAGGUUCUCUGUAGUCACUAGUUUGUACUGCUUCAUGCAUGUACUGGUUGUGGGGACAUUCAGAAUUUUAAGAAGUGUCUGCUGAUUUAUGUUUUCUGUUUGCUAAAGCAUGCAGAUAUUAAUACAGGUGUUCUUGAGUCAAACUCAAAUCCAGCCUUAUUUCUAAAACUUUUGGCUCAAAGUUUAUGUGCUAUUUAUUCAUAGCAUAUUUGGACUCCAACUGGCUCAUGAAAACUAGCUCAGUACUUUAUUCCUAGAAAGUUGGUCCAAGUGAAUAAGAACAUCAACACAAGCAGCAUCUUAAAAAAAAAAAAAAAUACAAAGGGCUUUGAAGGAUACAAAAAUAAAAUCUGUGUGUUUUAAUUUUGCUAGAACAUAUCACCUUUUGACUGUUUAAGCAAAUUAAUAGAACCUUUUUUUUUUUUUUUUUUUUUUACAAAAAAAUAAAAUAAAGAUGCAGUGGUUCAUUCAGCAAUUUUUUUAAACACGUUGACAAUGAUAAAUGUCCACUUUAUUUCAUGGAAAUAUUUUCUAUACACUGUAUCUGUAAAAAAAAAAAAAAUCUUCAAAAGAUCAUGCAUUUUUCAAAUAGAUAUUUAUGCAUUCAGUAUCGAUGUGACCCGCAGUGGGGGGGAAAUCAUUUUUUGUACAAAGUUGGUUAAACCUGAUUUUGUGUAUUUGUUUGAAGAGCAAAGAUUUCCUUGAAUAAACAUGAUAAUUUUUAACACACUUUGCCAAGAGUUAAGUCCCAACAGGUGUGUUUUUAGGAUGUUGACAAUUUAUGCUAGCACACUUGUUAUGGAAUCAUUGAUUGGGUCAUAACCUGUUAUUUAUUAUGACAUGUUCAUAGUAAAGAUCUUAAUAGAAUUUUUUUCAAUUAAAAAAAAAAUAUGAAAAUAAAACAAAGAAUCCAGGGGAAAAAAGAUGUUGUAAAUAACUGAAAAUGGGAAAAUGUGCCGAUACUUAGUAACUACCUCAAUUCUGAGGAAUUUCCUUUAGUUCAUUUUGAGGGCUAUUUUAUGUAGGAGUAAGUCUGGUCUUCAUACUGUAGUUACAACAGUUAUCCCUACAGGCUUUUCUUGAUUGCUUUAAAUGCAGAGCACUGAACCCUUUCCAGCUGUUCAUCAUAUUUUUUUAGAACUUAGCCUCUUAAGCACCCAAAACAAUUGUAUUUUCUCGUCCAAAUAAACAAAUGUUUUAGAGAGGACACAAAAAUCGCAACGCUCAAGUAAUUAAAACAUUUGUUUAGGUGCCUUUUGAUAUAGUUUGUGUUUACUUAUGGUUUUCCAGUCCACCUCCGGAAAUCUAUGUGAGCAAACUUAAGAUCAGCGAGACUAGAAUUGGCUAUUAGCCAAUGAGGGGUAUUAGAACUGAUUUCCAAAUGUUGGCAUAAAUGCUGGAUUUAUAUGUAGUAGUCUAUAAAAAAUAAAAGUGCCAAAAAAAAAAAAAAACUUUAAAUGUUCUCCUCCCAGAAAUGGUUUUGAGUUUGUAUAUACAAUGCGCCAAGAGGUGUUUUUUUUUGUGAUCUAUUAAAGAAAACGAUGCACAGCCUAAGGUUAGCCAUUGGCAAACCUAGGGUUGUAGUUCAUAAUUAGUUUAAAGCUAUAUAUUCAUAAUUAAAUUGCAUUUAAUUUGUUUUUCAUAUUUUCUCACAACUGUAUUCCAUUGCUUUAAGCGUUCAGGCAAAGAUUUGCUAUAGUUUUAAAGCUGUAAUUUAUGGUACAUCAUUCUGAAUUCCAUAAAAGAUUUUGUAUGGCGAUUUAUAAGAAAAUGCAAUUUUUUACUCCUAUAAACAGAUGUUAAAUAUUUUUACACUAUGGUACUACCAUUUAGGUUUUUAAAUUUUAGUAGAUGGUUAUAUGAGGGGGAAAAAAAAUGAAACGCAGGUAUUGAAAGUAGUGAUUUGUUUAUUUUUUAUUGCUCUUGGUUAACAUGUCAAGAACAGCUUAUGGAAUCUGAUUGUCAGAAACCCUGAAAGUAAGAAGGGGAAGGUAGACCAACCUUGGAAUAUCUGUCUGCAUAGGUAAUAUUUAUUUAAACAAUGAAGGAAAGAGCAAGUAGUUGUAUAUUAAUCUAUGAUAAACUAGGUGUGAAUAUAUAUAUUUCUGUAAAUGUAAUCCUUGAAUAUACAUAUAAUUGGCAACAGACUUUUUAUUAAGGCAGCACAAUGCUUGUUGCUUUCAUGGCAUACUCGCACCUCCUAAACCACCCCAUUUCCAAAGAAAGGUCUCAGUUUAAGCUGGACAGGACUUGAAGGAUAGUUUGGGGUUUUUCUCAAACUAUAGUUACUACUUGGCAGAUUUGGGUGAUUUUAGAUGUGAGAUCUUGGGGGUAUGUAUACAUGCAUUGGAAUCCAAAUACACACAUUUCACUAAAUACCAUCUUCCUGUUAUUUUUCUGUGAAGUUUUUUUUCUUACAAAAUGACUGCUAGCAUCAAAAUACAUUUUAAAUACUGUAUGCAAUGCCAUAUGUAUAUAUUUCAGCCAAGUAAGAAUUUGGGUAUGUACGUUCAUACUCAAAGUAGUUCAAAGUACCAAUAUAUUCAUUUAUAUGCCUUCAUUGCUUUAACUUCUUAGCUGUCUCAGAGAUGGUGGACAUGACAGGCUAUUUUAACAGCCAGUAUGUUAAUGGUAUUUUAUAAGAACUGCUCUCUUUUUAUUAAUGUAAUUAUUUUUUUAUUAAUAAAUGUGCCUUUUUAAUGUAGAAGAUUUGCUUUUUCGUCUUUGGCUGUCAUGAUGGGAUUUUUUUUUUAAAUAUAAAGACAAGCCAAUUAUAUAAAUAAUAAACCUGUACAUAGUUUUGUGGGGCAUACCUAUUUGUGGUUAGCGAUUUAAUCCAUAAUAAAUCCAUAUUUGCAUUUUAUUGUUUUAGCAACUUGUUACCAAAAAUUGUACAUGGAAUCUUUUGGCCACAUUAUUUUUAGAGUUUUUUGUUUUAACCAAUUUUUUUCUCUAUCUGUAUCAAAACACAACCACAAAUGUGAAUUGUUUUGACACACAAAUCCUGUACCCCAAGUUUUUUUUUUUAUUAUUAAAAAAUGAUAAUACAUGCACUAAAAAAGUUGUAUGUUGUGCUUCUAUGCACAGCUAAAUCUGCUUUUUCAGAAUAUAUUUGCACAAACCAAAACCUGACAAGUUACUUGGUAACUACAAAGCAAUUUCGUAAAGGAAGACUGUUGGCCUUUGCAGGGUUUUUAUAAUUAUUUAGGUUUAUUGGACACUUUACAUGUAUGGAGAAGAGGAAUGUUGGUUUAACAGUAGUACUUGCUAAAGUAUUUAAGUUUGUAACUGUACUGGGAUUGUACUACAUAAUUUGGAAGCUUUAGUAUCCCCCCCCCUUUUUUUUAAAUUAAAAUAUGAUAAACUGGCUACAGAAUAUAAAGUAAUUUGCAAAGUGCGAUUAACUGCAAAGUAAUUUACCAAAAGAACAGUUGAUGAAAAUGUGCUCAGUGCAAACAUUAUUUUGAUGGCUGCAUAUUGAUACAAAAAGUUUAGACUUUUUAUUAACAUACCCACUAUGAGGAUGAUGCUUCUAUAUGACAUCGUUUAAGAAAUGCUAGUUUUACCAUUCGCUACUUGUGAACAUGGAAAUACGAACCAGUUGUGAUGAUGUCAAACAAGAGCAAAGUGUAGAAAUCGUUGUCUUUGUAGCCUUAGGUGGGAAAUAAUUGGGCAGGUUCUACACUAGAGCUUUCCCACUAGAAAACAGGUAGCCCACCACCCUGAAACAUAGAGGUGAAGAAGACAUUGCCCUCUCCCGAUCACCUUAAAAUUACUCUUUGUCUCUAUAGUUUUUAUUAUGGAACCAUUUAAUAAUUCCUUUCACAUACCUCUUUAGGAAUCUGCAUUUUUCACAUUCGCAUUAUCCUAACAAAGCACACGAGGGGGGGGGGGGGGGGGGGUUGAUUUAUAUUUUUAUAUAUUUGCUACACAAAGACAACAUAGACCUCCCACCUACCACUUAUUACAAAAAAAAGAUUUUUCUUAGAACUUGGUUUCCCUGAUUGGUGAUGAUUUUUUUUUUUUAGGUACUUUAGAUACAUUUGCAAUCUUUACAAUUGGUUCCGUCGGACAAUUAAAUUGGGUAAUUUAAACAUUUGUAUAUGGUUGCAGCUUAUGCAAACAUAUAUUUGGGACGAAUGGUUGUGUAGUUCACACAUCUGGAAAUUUAAUUGUUCAGUUUUUGUCUAUGUAUAAUAAUGUGCAUGUUGUACAAUCUAAUGUUUUACUGUCAAAUUUCCUGGCAUUAAAUACCCAAACGUUAUGCUCCAACAGACCGAAUUAAAUAAAUAAGAAUACAUUUUC